UAGACAUUAGAUGGCCCCCUUGAGAGAGAGAGAGAGAGAGAGAGAGAGAGAGUCAUUUGAUUCAUUUCCUCUAAAUUUUCUCUCUUCUUUUUAAUAUCUGUGUGGGUGUUUUUCUCCUCCUCUUCACUUUGCUUCUUCAGCUUUUCCCUUCAAGAGAGCGAAAAUGAUUAGACUUUUUAAAGUAAAGGAAAAGCAGAGAGAAAUUUCUGAAAAUGCCAACGGAAGGGCACCAGUCAAGAAGCAAAGUGCAGGGGAGUUGCGUCUUCACAAAGAUAUCAGUGAGUUGAACCUCCCAAAAACAACUACCAUAGAAUUCCCUAAUGGCAAGGAUGAGUUGAUGAAUUUUGAGGUUUCCAUUCGACCCGAUGAAGGAUUUUACCGAGAUGGUACGUUCAUGUUCACUUUCCAAGUCUCCCCAAUCUACCCGCAUGAAGCCCCGAAAGUUAAGUGCAAGACAAAGGUUUAUCAUCCUAAUAUUGAUCUGGAAGGAAAUGUCUGCCUCAAUAUUCUGCGUGAAGAUUGGAAACCUGUUCUAAAUAUAAACACCGUUAUCUAUGGACUACAUCACCUUUUCACGGAACCCAACUGUGAGGAUCCUCUCAACCAUGAUGCUGCUGCAGUGUUGAAAGAUAAUCCUAAGUUGUUUGAAUCAAAUGUUAGAAGGGCAAUGGGCGGUGGAUACUUAGGAAAUACAUAUUUCUCUAGGUGCACUUAGAGUUGGUCUCUAGUGAGUUCCUUAAUGCUCUUGAUGAUUCUCAAUCAGCGUUAAUGUCUCAUUCGUUGUAAAUUCGGAUUGAGGCUAACGUUUUCCUUGUGGUUUUGUGGGAUUUGAAACUGUAAUGUAGAAGAGGAGAAGAAAAAUAUAAUAUGUUAUGAUAUUAAUUCCUCAAAAACCAUGAUUCUGAAAACUCGCACAGAAACUGUUUGUAAGGUGUAAUUCAGGACAAGUUUAUGGCAUCUGUUGGAAACACUGGUUUUCUGUUUACCCAAUGCUCUUAGCUUAAUCUAAAACACAUAUGUACGCGUGAUUGUGGUAUUAGGUAUUCUGUUUCUCUC